UGAAGACGGAGAUGGUGGAAGAAAAGAAGAGAAAAAAAGGGGAAGAAGAAGAAGAAGAAGAAAACCAGAGACCAAAACUGCACUAGUGAAACACAACCUUAACCUUCUUCCUCCAAACUUUUCAAUCUUCAUUUCUCCAAGAGUUUCAACCUUUUUCCAAUUCCAACCACCAUCACUUCAUACACAUAAUUUUUUUUUUGGUAGUAGAUAUAGCCAUUUUUUAUUCUUCGGAGUUUCGAAGAUCUUUCAUUUUUUUCGAUUGGAGCUGUUGCUGUUCGUGCUAGAUCCGGAACCAACCUCAGAUUCUGAUCAGAUCAAUCUAUCACCAAAUGGCUGCUGCUGCCAGUGCUGUAGUUGGUUCCCAUGUUUGGGUUGAGGAUCCUGAUGUAGCUUGGAUAGAUGGUGAGGUAUUGGGGGUUAAUGGGGAAGAUAUCAAAGUCCUCUGCACUUCAGGGAAGACGGUUGUUGUUAAAGCUAGUAGUGUUUAUCAUAAAGAUAUUGAAGCUCCAGCAUGUGGAGUGGAUGAUAUGACAAAGCUUGCUUAUCUGCAUGAACCUGGUGUCCUAGAUAAUCUGAGAUCAAGAUAUGAUAUCAAUGAAAUUUAUACUUACACGGGGAAUAUACUGAUUGCUGUGAACCCUUUCAUAAGGCUUCCUCAUUUAUAUGAUAGUCAUAUGAUGGCACAAUACAAAGGAGCAGGUUUUGGUGAGCUAAGUCCUCAUCCAUUUGCUGUUGCAGAUGCAGCAUAUAGGCUAAUGAUCAAUGAGGGAAUCAGUCAGUCAAUAUUGGUAAGUGGUGAAAGUGGGGCUGGUAAAACAGAAAGCACCAAGUUACUCAUGCGCUAUCUUGCUUACAUGGGAGGGAGAGCUAUUGUUUCUGAAGGUAGGACUGUUGAGCAGAAAGUCCUAGAGUCCAAUCCUGUUCUAGAAGCCUUUGGCAAUGCAAAGACUGUUAGAAACAAUAAUUCAAGUCGUUUUGGUAAGUUUGUGGAGAUUCAAUUUGACCAGAAGGGAAGAAUUUCUGGAGCUGCUAUAAGAACUUAUCUGCUGGAAAGAUCACGUGUUUGCCAGGUGUCAGAUCCAGAAAGGAAUUAUCACUGUUUCUAUAUGCUCUGUGCUGCACCGCAGGAGGUUGUUCAGAAGUACAAAUUAGGGAACCCAAGAACAUUUCAUUAUUUGAACCAAUCAAAUUGCUAUGAGUUGGAAGGUGUUGACGAGUUUAAAGAAUAUUGCGAUACAAAGAGAGCAAUGGACGUUGUUGGAAUAAGUUCUGAAGAGCAGGAAGCAAUAUUUCGAGUAGUUGCUGCAGUUUUGCAUCUUGGCAACAUUGAAUUUACAAAAGGGAAAGAAAUUGACUCAUCUGUGCCCAAAGAUGAAAAAUCUUGGUUUCAUCUGCAAACUGCUGCUGAACUUUUUAUGUGUGAUGCAAAGGCACUUGAAGAUUCUCUUUGCAAGCGCGUAAUAGUUACUCGUGAUGAAAAUAUUACGAAAUGGCUGGAUCCAGAAGCUGCUGCAUUAAGCCGAGAUGCUUUGGCUAAGAUUGUGUACACGAGGUUGUUUGACUGGCUGGUGGAUAAAAUUAAUAAUUCAAUUGGUCAAGAUCCGACUUCGAAGUCCUUAAUUGGCGUGCUGGAUAUUUAUGGUUUUGAGAGUUUCAACACUAACAGUUUUGAGCAAUUCUGUAUUAAUUUGACCAAUGAAAAGCUCCAGCAACAUUUUAACCAGCAUGUUUUCAAAAUGGAGCAAGAAGAAUACAAAAAAGAGGAGAUUGAUUGGAGUUACAUUGAAUUUGUUGACAAUCAAGAUAUUUUGGAUCUCAUUGAAAAGAAACCUGGUGGGAUCAUUGCUCUUCUUGAUGAAGCUUGCAUGUUUCCUAGAUCAACUCAUGAAACUUUCGCCCAAAAGCUGUAUCAGACUUUCAAAAACCAUAAAAGGUUCACCAAGCCCAAAUUAUCGCGUAGUGACUUUACAAUUUGCCAUUAUGCUGGUGAUGUCACUUAUCAAACUGAUUUCUUCCUGGACAAGAACAAAGAUUAUGUUGUUGCAGAACAUCAGGCACUUCUGUAUGCUUCUAAUUGCCCCUUCGUGUCGGGUUUGUUUCUCCCCUCACCUGAGGAAUCGUCCAAACAAUCAAAGUUCUCUUCAAUUGGUUCCCGGUUUAAGCAACAAUUACAAUCACUACUUGAAACUCUCAGUUCCACUGAGCCACACUACAUUCGUUGUGUUAAACCCAAUAAUCUUCUUAAACCAUCAAUUUUCGAGGGUAAAAAUGUUUUGCAGCAACUACGUUGUGGAGGAGUCAUGGAGGCAAUUAGGAUCAGCUGUGCCGGGUAUCCGACUAGAAAACCCUUUGAUGAAUUUGUGGAUCGAUUCAGGCUUCUUGCACCUGAAGCUUUGGAUGGAAGUUCUGAUGAGGUCACUGCUUGCAAGAAGAUUCUGGAGAAGGUUGGACUUAAAGGAUAUCAGAUUGGAAAAACGAAAGUGUUUCUUAGAGCUGGUCAAAUGGCAGAACUAGAUACUCUAAGAAGUGAGAUCUUAGGAAAAUCAGCAAGCAUUAUUCAGAGGAAAGUUCGUUCCUAUUUGGCUUGCAGAAGUUUCAAGUUGAUUCGUUUCUCUGCUAUACAAAUUCAAGCUGCAUGCCGAGGACAACUUGCUCGACAAGUUUAUGAGGGAUUGCGAAAGGAGGCUUCUAGUCUGAUGAUUCAGAAGUAUUCUCGCAUGCACAUUGCUAGGAAGGCAUACAAUGAAUUGUAUAACUCGGCUAUAUCUAUUCAAACUGGUAUGCGUGGUAUGGCUGCUCGUUCUGAGCUACGCUUUAGGAAGCAGACCAGAGCAGCUAUUGUCAUUCAGAGCCACUGCCGGAAAUACUUGGCUCAACAUCAUUUUAUGAACUUGAAGAAGGCAGCAAUUACAACACAAUGUCAAUGGAGAGGAAAAGUUGCUCGGCGAGAAUUACGAAAACUCAAAAUGGCUGCAAGAGAAACUGGAGCUCUCCAAGCUGCCAAAAAUAAGCUCGAAAAACAAGUUGAAGACCUUGCAUUGAGGUUGCAGCUGGAGAAACGCAUGAGGACUGACAUGGAAGAAGCAAAAACACAAGAAAACAAAAAAUUACAAUCCGCUUUGCAAGAUAUGCAACUUCAGUUUAAAGAAACUAAGUUACUUCUUCAAAAGGAGCGUGAGGCUGCUGCAAAGAGAGAAGUAGAGAGAGUGCCUAUCAUACAGGAGAUUCCUGUAGUUGACCAUGCUUUGUUGGAGAAGCUCACUGGUGAAAAUGAGAAACUCAAGACCUUGGUGAGUUCACUGGAAAAUAAAAUUGGUGAAACAGAAAAAAGGUAUGAAGAAGCAAAUAAGAUUAGUCAAGAAAGGUUGAAGCAAGCUCUGGAUGCGGAAACGAAAAUAAUCCAGUUGAAGACUGCUAUGCAAAGGCUUGAAGAAAAAUUCUUAGAUAUGGAAUCCGAAAACCAGGUUCUUCGGCAACAAUCUUUGGGGAACUCAUCUGUGAAAACAAUGUCAGAGCACCUUUUUACCCAUGUAUCUGAGAAGUUGGAAAAUGGUCACCAUGUGGCGGAAGAUCAGAAAGCUGUAGAAACACCGAGUGUAACACCUGUAAAAAAGUUUGGUACUGAAUCUGAUAGCAAGAUGAGGAGAUCCUACAUUGAACGUCAACAUGAGAAUGUUGAUGCUCUUAUCAACUGUGUUAUGAAAAAUAUUGGCUUCCAGCAUGGAAAGCCUGUUGCUGCAUUUACCAUUUACAAAUGCCUUCUCCAGUGGAAAUCAUUUGAAGCUGAAAGAACAAGUGUAUUUGAUCGCCUUAUCCAGAUGAUUGGUUCUGCAAUUGAGAAUCAAGAUGACAAUGAUCUUAUGGCCUAUUGGCUGUCAAAUACAUCUGCACUAUUGUUUUUACUCCAACAAAGUUUGAAAUCCGGUGGUCCAAAUGAUGCAACUCCUGUUAGAAAACCACCAAAUCCAACUUCGCUCUUUGGAAGAAUGACCAUGGGUUUUCGCUCAUCUCCUUCUUCUGCCAGCCUUCCUACCCCAGCAUUGGAUGUUGUACGCAAGGUUGAGGCUAAAUAUCCUGCUUUGCUUUUCAAGCAGCAACUUACAGCCUAUGUGGAGAAAAUAUAUGGUAUCCUUCGGGACAAUUUGAAGAAAGAGUUAGCAUCGUUUAUUUCAUUAUGUAUCCAGGCACCAAGAGCAUCAAAAGGAGUGUUACGAUCUGGUCGAUCUUUUGGUAAAGAUUCUCCCAUGGGUCACUGGCAGAGUAUUAUUGAAUCCCUCAACAACCUUCUCUGCACUCUGAAAGAGAACUUCGUGGCUCCAGUCCUUAUCCAGAAGAUCUUCACUCAGACGUUCUCAUAUAUUAAUGUUCAACUCUUCAAUAGUCUUCUUCUGCGUCGUGACUGUUGCACAUUUAGCAAUGGGGAAUAUGUGAAAGCUGGUUUAGCAGAAUUGGAGCUGUGGUGUGCCCAAGCAAAGGAGGAGUAUGCAGGGUCAUCUUGGGAUGAGCUUAAGCACAUAAGACAGGCCGUUGGAUUCUUGGUUAUUCAUCAGAAGUACAGGAUUUCCUAUGAUGAAAUCAUUAAUGAUUUAUGCCCUAUCAUGAGCGUCCAGCAGCUGUACAGAAUAUGUACACUUUACUGGGAUGCUAACUACAAUACUCGAAGUGUAUCUCCAGAUGUCCUUUCAAGUAUGAGGGUACUUAUGGCUGAGGACUCCAAUAAUGCUCAGAGUGAUUCUUUCUUGUUGGAUGACAGUUCCAGCAUCCCUUUCUCAGUGGAGGACCUCUCUACAGCAAUGCAAGAAAAGGAUUUUUCAGACUUGAAACCAGCGGAGGAGCUUCUUGAGAACCCUGCCUUUCAAUUUUUAACUGAGUAGGCAAGGGAAGCUUAGUAGUAUACAUCAUAUAUCAUAGUCGUCAAGGCCAGGCAACGAAAUCAGUUGUUGGUUCUUGCCAUGGUGGUUGUAAAUCCAUUUCGAUUUAUAUUCUUUUUCGUUCAAUUUUUUCUUUUGUUUGUUUUACUGUCCUACAUCUCGUUUAUCAUAUCCCUCCUUGCAUGGUCAUGGCCCUGAUGUAAAGUUAUUUUUUCAUUCUUUUGUUGGCAUUCAAUUGUAAAAUCUUCCAUUUUAAAGAGGGGCAGGGAUAUUUUUUUUUUAGGAUUAGUGAGCUUGUCUUACAUGACCAUUGUCAUUUGUCAUUGUCCUGGUCAAUCUGGCCAGAAUAACACUAAAAAGUGGGGCUGAGCUGCUUAUAAUUUUGUUUUGGGGACCAAGCUCACUUUCCACUCAUUUUUAUUUAUAUUUUUGCUCUGUAAAGGGAGAAGAAUGAACAUUGAUGCAUGAUGAAUAGAUUGUUCAUAUUCUGGAGUCUUA